UUGGACUUUGGACGGGGGGGUGGAGUCCCGUUCACGCCACCGCCGCUACCCUAUAAAACGGCGGAGCCGACGGCCCCCUCUUUUCCGCUCCUCCCCACGACGAGGGACGCCGAGGCGACGGAUCCCAUCCAUCUUCUUCUUCAUCCAUCCAUCCAUCCCCCAAACACGCCAAAAAUCAGGUCGCCGAUGCCGUCUACUAUCUGACAUCCAUCAGCCAGGCAGGUAGAUCGCGCAAGCAACCCACACGAAUCCAAAAUCCAAUCCUGCUUCGGUCGGCGUCGGCGGUGAUGGAGGGCCGGAGCGGCGCGUGGCGCCUGCAGCAGCAGCAGCGGGGGCCCGGCGCGCCCGUCGCGGGCCUGCCCAUCGGCUUCCGUUUCCGCCCCACCGACGAGGAGCUGCUGCUGCACUACCUCCGCCGCAAGGCGCUCGCCUGCCCGCUCCCCGCCGGCGUCAUCCCCGACGCCGACCUCGCGCGCCUCCACCCCUGGGACCUCCUCCCCGCCGCCGUACAAGGGGCAGCCGAUGCCGACGGGGAGCGCUUCUUCUUCCACCGCCCGGCGACGCGGUGCUGGCGCAAGGGCGGCGGCGCGGCCAGGGCGGCUGGCACCGGCGUCUGGAGGCCGUCCGGGAAGGAGACCCUCGUCGUGUCGCCGCGCUGCAAGCGCCCGGUCGGCACCAAGCGGACGCUCGUCUUCUGCCCCCGCCGUGGCGGCCGCGGCGGUGCCCGCACCGACUGGGCCAUGCACGAAUACCGCCUCCUCCCCGCCGGCCUCAACCUCCACGGCUGCGCCGCCAACGCGCCUCCGCCCACUAAUGUGAGCUCCCUUGCCGGUGGUGGCGCGGCGGCCGACUGGGUGGUCUGCCGCAUUUUCAGGAGGGCCAGGCCGGCCCACCGCGCCCGCCUUGUUGGCGGCAGGGAAGAAGAAGAAGAGCACGCGGCGGAGGAGAGCCCGUCGUCCCCGUCGUCGUGCGUCACCGACGCCUCCGAGGCCAUGGACCAGGAAGAGGAUGACGGCGACGAAGGGAGCAGCUGCAGCGUCGCCUCCUCUAAUUGAGACUGAGUAGAAGAGUUGGCUAGCCCGUCGAUCAAAUCACGGGCGCCAUGUUCUAAUUGCCGUAGAACCCUCAUCAGUACCUAGUAGCAAUCAAUAGAGAGAAGAAGAUCGAGCUCCAACAAACCAUGAACAACAACAACAACCAAAAAAAGAAAAGAAAAGCUAAGAGCUUUGGUGCUAUGUUGUUGUUGGAGCUCGUCGCGAAUCCAAUCCAGAGUGUUAAUUAGCGAGAAAUUAAUCAGUUCCCUUUCGGCAAUUAAUCACCAUUUCAUCCUGUGUCCAAUGUUCAGUAGCUCAUCUUGCCUUGUUUUGAGAAGCAAAAACAAUCUCACUCUCUGUACUGUGCUGUA